AUCCAACAGUUACGUCAAUGUCACAUUCUUUCCCCAUUUUUCUGUUUUUGUUGUGAAAUUAUUUACUGUUAUUCUAAUGUGGAAAAACCACCUGAAAAAGGAAAAAAUAAUCCCCCUAUAUAAAGAAAUUUAGUUCCCGAUUGGUCGAUUUUCAACCCGUAAUGCCAAGAAGGGGCCGUAUGAGAAAAGAUGGCCCCGAAUCCGGGGAGGAUUCCGACGAAUACCGUAAGCGAAGGGACAGAAACAAUUUGGCGGUGAAACGAAGCAGAGUGAAGUCAAAACAGAAAACCCAAGAGACUGUCAAUCGGGUAAAUGAGCUGCGGAAUGAAAAUUCAGUGUUGGAGGAGAAAGUGAAGACUUUAACGAAAGAGUUGAGUUUUUUAAAGGAACUCUUUUUGGCACACGCUUCAAAUAACGUGGAUCCCGCGAAGUUUGAAGGCGUUGAUCUCCAGAAAUUCUUGGAGGAUGAUACAAAUGCUGGAAGUAGCACUGCUGGCAAGAAAUAGAAGUUAAGUGUCUUUUAAUAAGCUUUCUGUUUAAUCUAGGAGAUUUCUAGUCGCAGGCUUUUACAAUUAAUUCUGCUUGGAAGGAAAUUCCAAACUUGUUUCAAAAAUAUGAAUUAAAGUUUUUAUUUUUAUACUUUGGCUCAACUUGGGCCUAUACUAUAUUUUUUGUUACUGUAUUGUAUAGUUUUUAGCAAAAAUAAUGUUAAGUAAGUAUUAUGUAAAUUGUAAAAUAAAUAUAGUUUAUUUUU